AUGUCUAGAUGGAAAGAUGUAGAUAUUGAUGAAAUGAAAAAGUUUUUAGGUGUUUUGAUGUUUUCUGGUGUUGUUGAAACAUUAGUUGUUGACGAAUCUAUGAUAGCUUUUAGAGGAAGACUUUUAUUUCGUCAAUAUAACCCGUCAAAAUCCCAUAAAUAUGGUAUCAAAAUGUACAAAUUGUGUACACCUGAAGGUUUUACAUGGGCUUCUAGUAUUUAUUGUGGUACAGGACCUACUUUAGGAACUCUGGAUAAGCCGGGAACAGUUGUGGUAAAUUUAGCUGAUAGUUUACUUGAUGAAGGCCGUUUGAUAAUAACAGACAAUUUUUAUACUAGUGUUCCACUUGCUGAAUAUCUUUAUAGCCGAAAAACUGAUUUUUGUGGUACUUUAAGAAAAAAUCGAAAAUGGCUUCCAGUAGAUGUAAAAGAUAAAAAAUUGAAAAAAGGGCAGGGAAUCGAUGUUUCAGAUCAACUAAGCAGUUAUUAUAAUCCACAACGAAAAUCUCUUGUUUGGUACAAAAAAGUUGCUAUGGAAUUACUAUUUGGGAUAACAGUAGUAAAUAGUAUGAUUAUUUUCAACAAACAAGUAAACAAGAAACUAACUUUACUUUCAUUUACCGAAUCACUGUCUAGAAGUAUUUUGUGUACAGAGGUUACAGACAAAUCAGAAUCUGUGAACAUUCAAAAAAAUAUUUCAAUGCAUUUUCUUGAACAGUUUGAUAGACAAAAUGGAAAAAUGCAAAGAAAAAGAUGUCAUGGGUGCUAUUCAAGUCUUCGUGAAGAUGGACAGUUGAGUGCAGAAGAAGCUGGAAAAAAAGCAAAAAAAGUUAACACACAUUGUAAAGUAUGUGGUAAUGCUUAUUGUUUAAUUUGUUACAACAAAAUCCAUUAG